UGCACGAAUUUUUAGCCGCGUAACAAAUUCAGGCAACACAUCUUUUUAGUAGAUCAACCAUGAUCUCGCACAGUGACAUUUCAACAAAAACAACAAACACUUCGUUUUGGUUCCGCGUACCGUCCAUCACCCAGAAAAAAGUUUUCUCAUAAUUUUCGCGAAAAUCGUCGAGUUUCGAGUGAAAUCCUAUUUAAAUUGUGCAAAAUCAUGAACAUCUGCCGGGUGUGCAUGGAGAGCGGCGAAGAUUCCGGUGGCGGCGGCGGCGGCAGCAGCGACGGUGGUCCCGACGGUCUGAUUCCCAUUUUCUCCAAGCUGGAGGAUGCUUUCAUCGCAAACAUCAUUGUGGAGUGCACCUCGGUGCAGAUCCUGGAGGACGACGGGCUACCGACGUCGAUCUGCCGGGGAUGUGUCGAUUGUUUGAAGGGGUUCAUUCGGUUCAUCCGGAAGGCGCGGGAAUCGGAUCGGAAGCUGCGGAAGAUGUUCAAAUCGGAAGGUGGGAAGAGAAUGGCGGAGGACGAUGAGGGAGUGGAUAAGGAUUGGACCUCGGCGAUGGAACUGUCGGUUUUCACCGAAAGCAUAAUGGAAGUCAAGGAGGAGAUGGACUCUGAUGACGGGAAGGUUGCUGGCGAUGAUGGGAAUCAAAGUGAAACUGCAUACGAAGUUGAAUACCUGGAUGAUGCGAAUGAUAGCGAUUGGAAGGCAUCCGAGGAUGAAGAUGAGAAACCUGUAAAGAGAGGCCGGCGUAGGAAGAAGGUUAAGGAUUCAAAUGAUAGUGAUUCGGAUUUCUUGGUUGAGACGCGAAAGCCGAGACGAGGAAGGAAGCCCGGAAGAAAGCCGAAAAAAUUGGAUGAGGAUGAUGAAGACUACGGUAGCGAAGAUGCUUUGGACGAGAAAGAACUGGCCACUUUCGAGGUGAUCGAUAUCAAGAAAGGUCAAAUGGUGUGCUGUUCGUGUCUCUUGAUUUUUGAUACCUCUGAUGAACUUGAAGUUCAUCGAGAGAAGCAUAUCAAGAAGCGAAGGGUAAACAUGACUAAAACGAACAUCUGCCAGAUUUGCCACCGGAGAUAUUCAACUCAAUAUGCCCUGAAGCAGCACUACAAACGAAUGUCAGAAGCUACUAAGAUUUACAGCUGUAUGAAAUGUCCAUCUAGAUUUAUUAACCAAAAACGUCGUCGGACCCAUGCUCACAAUCAUCCUCGGGAAAAGGAGGUUGUCCCAUCCAAGGUAUUAGUGGUACCGCUUCCGGAAGUUGUCCACAACGAGUACGGCAGAAUCUGUUGCGCUCAAGCUUGCUACCAGUCGUUUGAAACGGAAGAACUUCUACUGGCUCACGCGCACACUGCCCACAAGGUCAACAAAGUGGAACAAUCCCUAGAUGAAAACAAGGACAAACCCAUCGAAUGUCUCGUUUGCUUCAAGCGGUUCUACGACGAGCUAUCGCUCCAGCGUCACCAGCAGCGUAACUACAAACCGCUCAGCCACCAGUGCGCCGUUUGCGGUCUAAAGGUCCGUGGAGGCGAGGCACUGGCCACUCACGAGCGUUCCCAUCGCAACGAAAAACCUUUCGAGUGCGAGCUCUGCCACAAGAACUUCACCAGCAAGGGAAGCCUGAAGGCGCACAUGAUGGUUCACAGUGGGGAGAAACCGUUCGUUUGCACCACCUGUGGGUGGAGCUUCCGGCGGAAACGGAACCUGCAGGUGCACAUUCUGUCCCAUUCGAACAACCAGCCGUUCCAGUGUGAGAUCUGUCAGAAAACGUUUAAGUCCAAGGUGCACCUGCAGUAUCACAUGCGGACGCACACCGGGGAGAAGCCGUAUCCCUGUCGGUAUUGUGAUAAAGCGUUUGCAGAUCAUACCAAUAGGCAGCGACAUGAAAUGUCUCAUACCGGUAUCAAGCCGUACAAAUGCAGCUAUUGUGAUAAAACGUUCAUUCGGAAACGAUUCCAAGUCGACCAUGAAAGUAGUCAUACGGGCAUCAAACCGUACCGCUGCGACAUGUGCAAUCGCACCUUCAGUCACAAAACCGGUUUGCGUCGUCACUUGGAGUCCCAUCCGCUGGCACCGGAAAAUGCAAUAGCCCUGGCUGCUCCUUCACCGAUGCCAGCUCAGCCCUCGUCGUCAUCUUCCCACAUGGAAGUGGCGAGUGUCGUAGAUUCGUCAAUGUCGCCGCCACCUCCACCGCCAGCAAUGACCCAUAUGCACGGUGGAAGCGGUUACUUCCAGCAUCCGUAGUGUUUAAGUGUAAUGAUGUAAUCAUAGGGUCUAGGUUCAAUAUAUCUGAAACAGUGA